ACACGGGUGGAUGAAGAAGGGAUAAAACAUCCGUCAGUCAGUCAGUCAGUCAGCACUAGGGUGGGUAAAUAAAGGACACACUACGCCUGCAGACAUCUAAGCAUUCACACACUCGAUGAUUGACGGACGCUCGGCACCACCACAACACCUUUGGCAAAACAGGCACCUGCGUAUGGCACUCAGGGAGGCAUCCACGCAACGCGACAAAGACACUGACUGAAAACCACACCCGUCUUAUUGUGUCCGCAGGAGCACUACACGGCAUGGCCAUCAUCGAUGGAUGAUAAUGAAAAAAGACAGUUAAACUCUUCCUUGGCAAACAAACAAAUGACGCCAAGCAAAAUCACGUCUGCUGUCUGUCUGUCUGUGUGUCACGGCAAGACGGCGUGUGAGGACUGCCUGGUGGAGGUCUCGUCCUCCCCGCCCCGCCUGUCCUUGACGGUGGCCAUCCCCACCCCAUGCGGCCCAGCGUGGGCCACAGGCCCGUAGCUGCCCAUGACGCUCGACGGCCACAUGCUGCCCGAGGUGGCUGAGUAGAGGGGCUGCACUGACGCAGACGGCAUCACGUUCCCGUACAUCCCAUGCUCCUGACAGACAACCAUAGGCAGACGAAAUAAGGCGAGUCAUGUGGUCUGGCUUCCACUCGUUCUCACCAUUUCAACGUCUUCAGGGUCCUUUGCAAGAUGUCGAUUGACCACGGGCUCGAUGGUGAAGGACCAGGCGACAGUGAGGAUAAUCGACAGCAGCACACUGACGGUGUACGCCAGCAGAAGGGGCGUCGCGAGGGUGAGAAACACGGGAAGGGGAAGGAAGUUGGUCACAAGGACUGAUUGACCCACCCACCCACCCACACACACCAGUUCUCAUCCAUCCAUCGAGGAAUGUCGUUCCCUCGUGUCGCAUAUGCGCACCUAUGACGCCGCAAGCCGUCCAUGAGUAGAAGAGCGUCCAUGCCAGGCACGUGCUGCCGCCUUCAGGGUGGUACAGGUCCAGCAGCAGAAACGACACCCCGUAAAGCAGCGACUGGAAACCGAUCAGGCACUUGUAGGCGAUGACGCUGGCAGGGUCAACACAAAUAAACGAGGGAAGGAAGGAGGCAUCCAUCCAUCCAUCCACACACACAGCUAGGUGUGCUCGUCAGCGCUGUGUGUGCGCACCCGAAGGUGAAGAAGCCUCCCUGCAGAAAAUGCGCGAUGACCUCGUCCGGUGCUUUCAGAUAAUUGAUCACACUCGUCCUGUCAAAAGAAACACACACACACACACGCACGCACACACCAUGAAGCCAGCCAGCGGGACGGAGGCAGGUGAACACACAUACCUACCAUACUGCUAGGUUGAUGAGGGUCCAGAUGAAGUCCAACGUGGCGCCGGUAUAGAGGAAAUUGCCGCCGUACCGAAACAGCCGGUGCUGCGAUGAGUACCACACGUCAGAAGUGAUCUUCACCUGCGCGCACACACCAGACCCCACACAAACAGAUGCCAUGCUCCAUGUCCUGUGACUUAUUGAUUGCCUACAGCAAAGCCGAGGAUGAAGAGCGCCCCGAGCGCCCACAUCAGCGCCGCAACAUUGGAUGCCAUUCCGAUGCUGCGCACCGCAGCAACGGCGAGUUUGAUCUUCUCCUCGUAGGCCUUCUUGUCGACGGGCAUGCCCCGCAUGUCGGGCUGCUCGUGAAAGGCCUGGAAAAUGGCGAUGCCGCUGCUCGUCAUGAAGAGAAAGUUGGCCAUGAAGCAGGCGCUGAGCUCGAGAAGGGCCCCGAUGCGCAGGGUGUGCGCUGACAGCAUGUCGAUGAGGGCUAUCAUCACGCAAAUCUGGCCAACACACAAUCCAAAGGCUGCUUUGCUUGCUGGCUGCUUAGUGGUGGACACAUAUGUGUGUGGUCAUUUGGUUGGCUUACGAAGGUGAGUCAGUCUUGCGCGCGUGUUGAAGGCUGAGUCUUCUGUGACUGCGCCGCUGCACUACAGACGAAAGGCAG